AUGUAUGGUCAAUAUCAGAACAACUACGGUCAACCUCCCCCACCUCCCCAACAACAAUGGGGCCAACAACCACCUACCUCAUACCCCGGACCAGGUGGAUAUGGAUAUAACAAUGGUCAACAACAGUCUUAUGGUGUACCUCCUCCUCAGAACAAUUACGGUGCACCGCCACCACCUCAAGUAAAUUAUGGUUCACAUCCUUCACAGAACGGAUAUGGUGCACCCCCACCUCAGCAGUACGGCGGACAUUCACCUCAACCGCCCUACGGAGCACCUCCUCCGCAACAAGCACCUUAUGGCGCACCACCUCCUACUCAGCAAUACGGUGCACAAGGAGGAUACGGCGCUUCUCCCCCUCAGACUAUGCCGGGUCAAGGACCGCGAUUCUUGGGUGUAUCUAUCCCUGCUCCUCCACCUGCCGUACCACUCAGCAAUCUACAAGGAUAUAAUGCCCAAUUUGAUGCUGAGCGUAUAAGGAAAGCUACCAAGGGUUUCGGCACAGACGAAAGAACCUUGAUAGAUACAUUAGCACCUUUGGAUGCUUUCCAGAUGGAAGUUCUUAGUAGGACAUACGAGCAAACUGUCGGUAGGAGCUUGAAGAAGACCCUGGAGAAGGAGCUGUCAAGCUGGUUGGAAUACACCCUAGUCCUUCUCUCUCUUGGUCCUCUAGGCGGUGAUCUCCAUCUUCUCAAUCGAGCAUGUUCAGGUAUGGGUACGCACGAAGAUCUUCUCAAUGAGAUCUUACUCGGAAGAUCAAACGAAGAGAUGUUCCUCCUCAAAGAAGGAUACAAGAGAGUCUACGGGAAAGACUUGGUGGCUGUCGUAAGAGGGGAGCUCAGUAUGAAGACUGAGAGAAUGUUCAACAUGGCUUUAUCUGGACAAAGGGACGAAUCGCCCUACGUGAACCAACAACAAGUCCAACAGGAUGUAGAAGCGUUAUAUAGAGCUGGUCCAGGAAAGAUAGGUACUGACGAGAUUGGAGUCUGCGGUAUAUUGUUAUCCCGUUCCGACGCACAUCUUCAAGCUGUUGCUCAAGCUUUCCCUCAAAGACAUCGAAUCCCUCUGUCACAAAUGAUCCAAUCGGAAUUCUCGGGUCACAUGCGAGAUGGACUAUACUACAUCGCCAAAGGUGCCGAGAAUGAUGGCCAAGGUGUGGUCAGAGAUGCCGAAUUGUUGUAUAACGCCAUGGCAGGUAUGGGUACCAAAGAUGAGCGAAUGAUCUACCGAAUAGUUCGAAAUCACUGGAACAGACCUCGAUUUAAUGCCAUCAAGGACCAAUAUCAAGCUCAAUACGGUAAAACCCUCAAGAGAGCUGUGGAAGGUGAGACUACAGGUAAAUACGAGAAGGCUUUGGUUGGUAUUAUCGAGCAGAAUUAG